AUACCAAAACCUUUUUAUUCAAAACGACCUCAUCCUCAUUCAGUUAUUCUUCAUCCCCCUCCCCUAUCUGAAACAGAAAAGAAAAUAAGCCCAAAACCACCUUCUAGAAUCCCUCGAUUCACACACUUUCAGCACGAACUGGCUAACUCUCAGGAAGCCUUGUUGGUGGACGCUGCUGACUCCAGCAACAUUAAGCUGGUUCGAGCAUUUUAUGACGCCCUAAGUGCGCGUGACUCUCACGCAGUCCUUAAUCUCGUGGCUCCAGACCUCGAGUGGUGGUUCCAUGGUCCACCGUCCUGCCAGUUCCUGAAGCUCUUGCUAACCGGAGAAUCCUCCUCCUCCGCUUCCACCGCUGCAGACUCCUUCGAGUUUGUUCCGCUCUCCGUCGUAUCCUUUGGUAGCACCGUCAUCGCCGAGGGCCGCGACGCCGUGCGCUCCGUCGCCUGGGUCCACGCCUGGACAGUCACGGAUGGGAUAAUCACCCAGGUCAGGGAGUACUUCAACACUUCCUUAACCGUUACCAAGAUCGGAGACUCUGAUUCCGAUUCAGAUUCCGGUGAAUCGGAAAUUGUUCCGGCGAGCUCUGACUCCGGAGGGUUCCCUUGCGUUUGGGAGAGCAGUGUCUCUGGUUUCACCGGAAAAUCGGUCCCAGGUCUCGUACUGGCGAUUUUUUUUUUUUUUUUUUUUGGUUAUUUAUUAUUUACUAAUUAAUCUUUUAAGUUCCGAGUGUGCUUUGUGUGGAACCAUUACCAUUAUGGGUGUAUUUUGGUUUUGGUGUUCUACCGAGUUUAAUAUGAUGUGGUCUGAUAAUGAUGCAAUAAGAAUAUGUAAGAAUAUUUGUUUUCACAUUUGUGUGAUA